UUUCCCACGUAGACCAUUCUCUGCCAACUCAUCAGAAUACCAAACCCAUCCAUUUCUCUCUUCUUUGUCCAAAGCCUUGUGAUUCCUCCCUCUCGUCUCCGAUUUCCAGCCUUUGGUCUCUGUUUGAAGGUUCCACGAGAACAGAGAAACAGAGAGAGGAGGCGAUAGCUAUGGAGUCGCUAUCUCUGAGGAGUUCGAUGGGUGGGAGGCCGCUCUUGGAGUCGAGGAGGCCCGCAUGGCCGGAUCUCCGGCCGCGAAGGCUCGGGUUGAGUUUGGUCUCGGCGGCCGCGGCGGCCGGCGAGGGAGGGGCUCCGGAGCCGGACCUCAGGGUCCGGGUGAACGGGCUGGAGAUGCCCAACCCUUUUGUGAUCGCAUCGGGGCCGCCGGGGACCAACCACACCGUCAUGAAGCGAGCCUUCGACGAGGGAUGGGGUGCCGUCAUCUCCAAAACCGUAUCUUUGGAUGCUGCUAAAGUUGUGAAUGUAACUCCUCGUUAUGCUCGGCUCCGAGCAGGAUCAAAUGGUUCAGUCAAGGGACCGAUUAUUGGGUGGGAGAAUAUUGAACUUAUUAGUGACAGGCCUCUUGAAACUAUGUUGAAUGAGUUUAAGCAACUUAAAGAAGAGUAUCCAGACAGGAUACUUAUUGCUUCAAUUAUGGAGGAAUACAAUGAAGCUGCUUGGCAGGAACUUAUUGAGCGAGUUGAAGCAACUGGAGUGGAUGCCCUCGAGAUCAACUUCUCAUGUCCUCAUGGCAUGCCGGAGCGAAAGAUGGGUGCUGCAGUGGGCCAAGAUUGUGCACUUUUAGAGGAGGUAUGUGGGUGGAUAAAUGAGAAAGCCACUGUACCUGUUUGGGCAAAGAUGACUCCAAAUAUAACGGAUAUUACCCAGCCGGCUAGGGUGGCUCUGAAAUCAGGAUGUGAGGGAGUAUCUGCAAUAAACACAAUCAUGAGCGUGAUGGGGAUCGAUCUCAACACUUUACACCCGGAACCUUGUGUUGAGGGGUACUCCACACCAGGUGGAUAUUCUGCAAAGGCAGUCCAUCCUAUUGCACUUGGAAAAGUGAUGCAGAUUGCAAAAAUGAUGAAAGAUGAAUUUGGUGAUAAAGACCAUUCACUUUCUGGAAUUGGAGGGGUUGAGACCGGUGCUGAUGCUGCAGAAUUUAUUCUACUUGGUGCAAAUACUGUUCAGGUAUGCACAGGAGUAAUGAUGCAUGGUUAUGGACUUGUGAAGAAACUAUGUACUGAUCUGAAGGAUUUCAUGAGAAAGCACAACUUCACUUCCAUAGAAGAUUUUCGAGGGGUCUCCCUUCAGUACUUCACUACACAUACUGAUUUAGUGCAGCGGCAACAAGAGGCUAUCAGACAGAGAAAAGCUGUUAAAAAGGGUUUGAAGUCAGACAAAGAUUGGACAGGGGAUGGUUUUGUUAAAGAGACUGAAAGCAUGGUGUCCAACUGAUGAGCAAUAGUAAGGAUGAAUAAAAACUUCACAAUAUCACCCUACUGAUGGAAAUGAAAACUUGAUGAAUGAUGAAUAGCAUGCAUUAUCAUGUUGUAAAAAAAAAAAAAAGGUGAUCUGUAGGUUGUUUUUUUCCCUUUUUUUUUUUUUCCUUUUUCUGCUGCUCCAGCAUGAGCAGGUAUCAUCCAAGGACUUCCUAUAACUGAAAUUAUUAUCUUUAUGUUCAGUGGUUAUGGUUGCUUGGAGACA